UUUUUGAAUGAAUAUCAAAAAAUGGCCGGUCCACAAGUGCAACGACCCCAUAGCGCUUAUUAUAGUGGACUUAACGGUUCCAAUGGCGUUACUAGCGGUAUGGUAACGAGUACCUCAACUCAUACCAAUUUGCAUGCUAUACAUACCAUAUCUCACGAUAGUGAAUUGAUAUAUCGUGGCAGCAAUGGCAACCCCAUUUCCACUGGGGAUCCGUGCACAGCUGGUACUAGUCAUUCAAUAAUCCCACAACAACAUUUACUCAACAGAACUGGCAGCAAUGCCAAUAUAUCUAGUAUUGCUGGGACAGGGAAAAAUCCCAGCGAUGCUUUAAUUGUUCCUGCUGGCAAUUUGCCCGCGUCCAACACAUCCAUAACAAAUACUGCAACAACGAAAUCCACAUAUUCGCUAAAAUCUUCCACUAAAGAAAAACAAUGUAGCUUAGAUGUUAUUGUAGAUGCGUCCCAGAGUAACAAUAAUCAACUAGAGGAUGAUGUAGAGCAAGGCAAAUCGAGACGAUCGUCACGUCACCGUCAUCGACCAUUGCAUAGACGCUUUCUAAAUUAUUUGAAAACAUUUUUUAAUCGCACCACAACACAACACGAUUCGGAAUUGGAAGAAUUCGAGACGCCAGCACGUUAUCGGCCAGAUUCUUUAAGUGCUUUAAGCCGUUCCACGCGCUUUACGGAAGAUGAAAUUAAACGAAUUUAUCGUGGUUUUAAGGCUGAAUGUCCAACAGGCGUUGUUAAGGAGGACACCUUUAAAGUAAUAUAUUCUCAAUUUUUCCCACAGGGAGCCAAUCCUACAUUGUAUGCUCAUUAUGUGUUUAAUACUUUGGAUCAAGAUCAUAGUGGCAUUGUUAGUUUCGAGGAUUUUGUUCAAGGGCUUUCGAUAUUGUCGCGUGGCUCUAUUGAAGAAAAAUUACGUUGGACAUUUUCACUCUACGACAUCAACGGCGAUGGUUACAUAACGAGGGAGGAAAUGACUGAUAUUGUGACUGCCAUUUACGAACUGAUGGGUCGUUUGCCAGAUGAAUUACCCGAGGAGGAGAAAAUCAAGGGAAAAGUUGAACAUUUAUUUGAGAAAAUGGACAUUAAUCGAGAUGGCGUUGUAACAUUGGAUGAAUUCCUGCAAGCCUGUCACAAUGAUGAAGCCAUUUCAAGAUCUAUGUCAGUGUUUGAUACUGCAUUCUGACCAUAUCCAGGCGAAAGAGAUAAGAAAACAGUUAAAUUGUCUAAAAAAAAAUACCGGCAUCUUGUAGCCGAUAAAGAGAACGAUAGUAAAGCACCGAAAAAAUAUUCCAAGCAACAACAGCAACAACGAGAUUAUAACUACACCAACACACAAUUUGAGAAAUGUAAGUCUAAAGUAGAAAACAACAAUACUAGUUAUAGAACAACCAAAACCAUUUCCAUCCCCACCACUACCACCACAAUUAGAACAAUUCGGCAAAUGGAAAGGCAAACGGAAGGCAUUAAUGCUGUAACUGAUGAUACCGAAGAGAUUACUUCAAUAACUAGCACUACCACGAACACCACCACCACUACUACUAGUACAUCAAACAAUGAGGAAACAGAUUUCGAUAUUACGAAAAACAAUUCAAUGUGUCGUCAUUGUUUGAGACCACAAAUGGAAUUGCAAUUACGUUAUAUGAGGCCUAGGCAACGUAGCAAAAUACGGAAUCAGUUAGCCAAGCGCGACAGAAGCAAACAACGGUCAAAGUAUUAUGGCGGAGGCGGUGGUACUUUAAGCAUACAAAUGGCACGUAAGAAACGUCCCAAAAGUCAGGGAAAGCAUAAAACCUCGAAAAGUAAACAUGCAAACAAUACUAAACAAGACCAACAGCGACAACAACAAAAACUGCCAAAUAAAAAUACAAUACAAAAUUUGAAUGCAGCCAACGAACAGGCCAUACGAUUCCGUUGUCCUCAGGUUGGGCCGCAAGUGGGUCGCGAUAGACAAAUACCAACUCUAACGCAUUUUCAUCAUCCUCAGCAUUUACAACAACAACCCGGUGCAUAUCAGCUACAAUAUACGCAAACCUAUAGUCAACUGGAAAGUAAUUAUUAUACGCAACAGCAGUCAAGUAGAAGAUCACCGCAUUCAUUUGCUCAACAACAGCAACAAUUACAACUACAAGAUGAGCAACCGAUAAGCCCUACACAAACGCAACAAACAACUCUUACUAUGGAAAGUGAACAAAAACAUCAGCAACACCACCAACCGUCAUGUCAUCAUUCCCAUUUUUAUCACCAUCACCAUCAUCAUCAUCAUCAUCAUCAAAAACAACAGAAAUCAAAUCAAAGUCAAAUAUGUGCGCUUCCUAUUAAAAAGAAAUUGGAUAGCGAUUCUUACAUGAAAAGGCAAAUGCUAGCUGCAAAGAAGCAGGCUGCAACCUCUAAUAGUUUAUUAGAAGCAGCAGUAACCUCUAAUAGUUUAUUAUGA